AUGUGCGGAAUGGGUGUGCGUGUGCUCCUUACGGGUCUGUUCUUGAUAGCCCUGCCAGCCUUUGGCCUAACCAUCACCACCACCCGUAAUGUCACCGAGUUCCUGGGACACCGCCAGAAACGCUGGCUGAUCUAUCAGAACAGCGGAUCGAUGAAGUUCAGCAUCGGGCCAUCGUUGCCAAUACCCUUAGAGGAUCAUGUCACAUUUCGCUCCUGUGUACUGUCCUUCACGCUCCAGGGAGGCACCUAUUCGCUGCCCACCUCACCCAUCUGGCCCUGGGACAAGUGGGAGGGCACUUUCGCCCGUUCCCUGACACAGAUGAGGCGGAACAUCGAGAGGCACGCCGCCAGUGGAGACAUCCGGUAUGCAGACGAUGCCAGACUGCUGGUCUACACCGCUCUGGAGGAGUACAUGGGCAGGAGGAAUGAUAACAUGGCCGUGGGCAGGCAAUGCCUGCUUCGCUCCAUAUGCGAAAAUGCCCAAAUCCACCACCACAUUGGGGUGUUCUCCGAAAUCUUGAACAUUGUCCUGAGCCCAGGCAAGGCGGAUCUGGAUAAAUCCUACCAUGAUGCCUAUGCCGCUGGCAAGGCAGGCGCCGAUUGCCUCGGCCUCUACAGGACCUGCCCACGCGGGGACAAUUUCCUGGACGAACUACUGAUUGUGGAGCAUGAUUGA